GGGUUAGGAUUUCGUUAAAAUUAAAUGUAUAUAGGGUGAUGUAUAUAUUCUGAUUUAAUACAGCUCGGAAAUAUCAAACCUGUGAAAGAAAAAGAAAAAACGGCCACCAUCAACGUUGGAAAUUAUUGAAAUGACGUGCUUCUACAGUAGUUCAAAUGUUUUAGGCCUAUUGUUCAACCACAUGUUCGUGUUGUUGUUGAUCUUCAAUAUUCCGUUAUAAAAAUUCAAAUAUUUAGAUCCCGUUGUGAAAAUGUGUACCCCGGAACGCAACUUCCAGGUUAUAAAAUUUGCCCCCGGAGUCGAAAAACCAGAAGCCGUGGUCAUAAAACGCGAAAAAUGUGAUGCAGUACCCAUGUCGAACCACGUCGACAACUGUGAUGUCGAUGUUGACAUUGCCCAACCUACCAAAGACGAAAUAAUUGAUCUGAUUACUUGUGACCACUGGGCCGACGUCGCCGUGGUCGCAGAGUCGGACGACGAAAACGCCAACAGUCGAAAAGUGCUCUCAAAAACAACCAGAAGAAAAACCGAUCAAUUGUGGUACAUGUGCCUUUUGUGCAACUACCGGAGUGAGCUUGAAGAACCAUUCAUGAAACACCUGCUUCGUAAACACACUUCCAUUUACGGGGAUUUUUUCAAGUGUGGCUUUUGUAAACGCAUGUACCAAACCGAAGACAGGUUGCAAAAACACGUCAUCAAUCACAAACCAGAAAAGCAAAUCGUGGACGACUCGUGGAAGUCCAAGCUUGGGGUUCGUGGUUUUGGAAAUUUGAAGCGCCACCGUCUGACGAAAAACGAAACCGCCAUCUUGGAAGAAGUGUUCAAGAACAACCAAUACAUACAAGGUGAAACCAAGCUGGAAUUAGCGAGGAGAUUAAACGUAGGUGCCAACACGGUGCAACGCUGGUUUAAAAGAAAAAGGCGCAGCGUGCGCGAGAAAUAAAACCGUACGUCGGAAUUUAAAACGGGUUUUAAUUAUAUGAUAUUUUUUAUGUUGAUUUUAUUUAGUAUAUAGCGGAAACAAUUCAGUAUUUUUUUAAAUUAAAAGUAAUAUGACAUUGUGAUAGCUUUCAUUAUAAAAUAAUAAAACUAUUUUUAU